AUGUCUACAUCAUAUAGAUAUCUGGUCAACAAUGUAGCACCAAAUACAACAGCAGCAAGAAUGAUGAUGACCAGCUCAUCAUCAAUGACAUCAGUACCAUACAACUUUAACAACAACUUUAACAACAUCAACAACAACAACAAUAUAAUCAUCAACAGCAGUAUAAACAACAACUUUAACAACAACAACAACAACAAUAUAUAUAGAUCAUCAAACAACAUAUACUCGUUUAACUCAUCACUGCAUGAUAUCAUUGAAUAUAACAACAAGAGAAUAAUGGAGGAGAUUAAUGACUUUGAGAAUGAGGACUUUGACGAUGCCAUCGGUGACCUCAGGAUCUCAAACAUCCCAUCACCACUGGAAAUCGAUCCAAUGAUCGCCUCCCUCUCAUCCAUCUCACUGAAACCCUCUUCAGGUCUCAGUCUCCUCGAUCAAGCCAUCGACGAAUCAUCCUCUAUUUCCGACUCUGUUGAGCAUGAUAGCAUCGAGUGCAUUAAGAGAACAUAUCAACCAUCAGUGUUGAUCAGGAAGCGUAGACAUGGAUUCAUGCACAGGAUGUCGUCCAAGGCUGGUAGACGUGUGUUGCAGAGAAGGAUCACUCACGGCAGAUCACAUAUCUCUGCUUAA